CGGGUGAUGGAUCGGUUCGAUGAUCUUCGAGACUUGUAUUUUAAUUCAUUGAAGAAAGGUUUGCCUCUGGAUACCAUCCGCUACACCGAUUCGAAUUCCGCCUCGUCAAUUGUCUCUUCCAUGGAUUUCAGUCGUGAUAAUCGGUAUUUUGCCGUAGGGGGCGUGACAAAGGAAAUCAAGGUGUUCGAUUCCAAUUUGAUUCAUCCAACGUUUAAUAUGGAUGAUGACGAAGAAACUGUAAUUCAUUGCCCAAUUCAGACAAUGUCUUCUAAACACAAGAUAAGCUGCGUCUGUUGGAAUCCCUAUGUACAAUCUCAGCUAGCCAGUUCGGAUUAUGGAGGCAAUGUUAGUAUUUGGGAUGCUUCUACGGGCCUCUGUGUUCGCACCUUUCAGGAACAUAAACAGCGUGCUUGGAGCGUUGACAUUAGUCGGACGAACCCGGACAUAAUGGCUUCCGCCAGUGAUGAUGCGACAGUCAAAAUCUGGUCCAUGAAUCAGUCCAGAUCCAUUUACACAUUUACGGAGAAAUCAAACGUAUGCAGUGUCCACUUUGGUCCACACGAUCACCAUCAGCUGAUGGUCGGCUCGGCAGAUUCCAAUAUUCGUUGGUAUGAUACUCGAUGGACCAGAGACGCAUUACUAACGCUCAAAGGACACAAUAAGACAGUUUCGUAUAUCAAGUGGCUCAACAAUACGGAACUGGUAUCUUUGUCUAUCGAUGGUAGCUUGAAGCUGUGGGAUCUUUCGAAUAAAGAGUGCAAGAGAACCUAUACCGGUCAUACAAAUCGAAGAAACUUUGUUGGACUAUCUGUGGAAGGCGAUUGGUUCUCAUGCGGUAGCGAAGACAAUGCAGUAUACACAUAUCAUAAAUACUCUGCCAAACCGAGCCUUAUCUACAAAUUUCCUUCCGAUGAUGACUCUUUAGGUGAAAGCUCCACUGCGUUUGGAAGCUCUGUUUGCUGGAAGAGGAAUUCAAACAUCUUGUUGGCCGCCAACAGUAAAGGCAUGAUCCAAGCGCUCUCGCUGGAAUAA